UCCAUUUCUAAUUGAUCCAACUACACAGCCUCACAGUACGACGACGACGACGACGGCGAGGACGAGGACGAGGACGAAACCCUAAAAUUCGACGAAGAGAGAAGAAAUUUUGGGCGAACGAUUCCAUUUUUAAUCGAUCCAACCAAAUCCGCGUGACUACAACCACGACGAAGGAGAAACCCUAAGAGAUCGAUGAAGAGGGAGGAGACUACCUUCGGCGGAAGCGCGAUGCAAGACCUCUUCGGAUCCGUGCGCCGAUCCUUCGUCGGAAGACCAAACCCUAGCGCGGAGGAGAGAUCCAACGGCGGAGGGGUGAGCCGGAUCGCGGAGAAGAUCGGAUCUUGCCUCAGGAAAUCGAGGGUCGGAUUGGACAUAGGGUUAGGGUUAGGGUUCUUGCCCAAGAGCCUAACCCCGCCCCGAAGGAUUGCAAGCACCGCUGCCGCCGAGGUCGAGGCCCCUCAGAUCCGGUGGAGGAAGGGGGAGCUUAUCGGUUGCGGCGCCUUUGGACACGUCUAUAUGGGCAUGAAUCUAGAUUCCGGGGAGCUAAUCGCCAUUAAGCAGGUUUUGAUCGGUGCGAGCAAUGCUUCCAAAGCAAAAGCCCAAGCUCAUAUCAGGGAACUCGAGGAAGAAGUGAAGCUUCUCAAGAACCUUUCUCAUCCGAACAUUGUUAGAUACUUGGGAACUGCAAGAGAGGAAGAGACAUUAAAUAUCCUGUUAGAGUUUGUUCCGGGCGGAUCUAUUUCAUCAUUGCUUGGGAAAUUUGGAUCAUUUCCUGAGGCUGUUAUUAGAAUGUACACGAAACAGCUUUUGCAAGGAUUAGAGUAUCUACAUCGUAAUGGAAUUAUACACAGGGAUAUAAAGGGGGCAAACAUACUUGUCGAUAACAAAGGUUGCAUUAAGCUUGCCGACUUUGGGGCAUCUAAGCAAGUUGCUAAGCUGGCAACUAUGACAGCUGCUAAGUCUAUGAAAGGUACUCCGUAUUGGAUGGCACCAGAAGUAAUUGUUCAAAGUGGACAUAGCUUCUCUGCUGACAUUUGGAGUGUUGGUUGUACUGUUAUUGAAAUGGCUACUGGUAAACCGCCGUGGAGCCAGCAAUAUCAAGAGGUUGCCGCAUUAUUCCAUGUGGGGACAACAAAGUCACAUCCACCUAUUCCAGAGCAUCUCUCCUUGGAGGCCAAGGAUUUUCUUCUGAAAUGCUUACAGGAAGAACCAAGCUUGCGGCCUACUGCAUCAGAUCUGCUCCAGCAUCCAUUUGUUACGGGAGAAAUUGAGGAUCCACAUCAAUCAAGUCGUGUUGUGAACAAGGAGUCCUCCGAAAUUGAGCAUGCGGCAUCUAAACUGCAAGCAAAUAACUCCUGCUCAACUAUGAAAUCUAAUAACGUCUUGAGAGCCGGUCCAAUCUGGGAUUCUAUGAACAAUGACGACAUGUGUCAAUUUGCUGAUGCAGAUGAUUUUCCAGUGGUUGGAUCAAGCUUCAAUCCAAUGUCUGAACCAUUUGAUGAGUGGCCAUGCAAUCUCAAGAUAAGUGCAGAAAUAAAAAUGAGUCAAAAAGACUUUGGUGAAUUGUUAAAUGGUGCUCCCAACGGUGGUAAGGAUAGGGAAAAUGAGUUCACUUUCCCUUGUGACUCAAUGUGUGAUGAUGAUGAUGAAGUCACAGAGUCAAAAAUUAGGGCUUUUCUUGAUGAGAAGGCCCUCGAUCUGAAGAAGCUGCAGACACCUUUAUAUGAGUUCUACAACACCUUGAAUGCCACCAAUUCUCGAUGUGUUACCAGUAUUUGCAAUGAAAAUAUAAUGGCUAAUUCAAAAUUGCCUCCUAAAUGCAAGUCUUCACCAAAGAAGGUUGUUAGUGGGACAUCUACGCCACAGUCUGAUAAUGAGAAUAAUAAUAAUUUGAGCCCUGGGAGCUGCAGCAUGCGUGCUUCGGUCAGCACUUUGGAGAAUAGUCGAAUUUUAAGAGAAAUAGCUUCUCCUGAGUGGGGCGAUUCUCUUCAAGAUGCUAAACAAGAACCAACCAGCGCAAGUGUAAGCGCCUCUGAGAAAGAAAGGAAGUGGAAAGAAGAGCUGGAUAUGGAGCUUGAGAGAGGAAGAGAAAUGCGCCAAGCUGGCCUUGGUAAAACAUCUUCUCCAAAGGAAAAAGGCCCGAACCGAAAGAGAGACCGACAACGGUUCACAUCUCCAACCAAGUGAUUGCAGAAGCAUUUCUACCAUAGCCGAACAAAUGGUCCAUCUCAUACUUUUAAGUUUGGAUAAUACAAAAGGUGUGCCGUUCCAUAAAUGUCGCCCCCAUCUUACCAUCUCUAUUAGUUGACGAGCAGAAGAAGGCUAGAUGUCGAUACCGGAGGCAUUUUUGCUGGUUCAAACACAGAGAGAAUCACGAAGCAAUGCCGAGUGGACAAUGCAGUUGCGAGCUGCCCAGUAAUCUUGUAAUUUGUGAAGAAUGUAAUGUUUCCUUUUUGAAGAAAUUGUUGAUUGCGUAUGACCAUAUUGACUGGCAUGUUUGGAAAUCACAGUUAUAUAAUGUAGGUUUUCCGUGUAGUUUAGUGGACAUAUUUGUUUGCCAUUUGAAUUAUUUAGUCUUUGAAGGAUGCCUACUAAUGUUGUAGUACUAAACAGUAGGUAUUUGCUUCUAGUUUAAGAGGAAAAGAAUAAUGUAAAUUUUAGUUAUGGACCUUUGAUCUGUUCAUUGCAGCUGCGAUGCCAUCAUAAAUUUAGCAUCUU